AUGCUAAUUUACGUUUCGAUUGCGACUUGGAACAGAUAUAAUGGCGAUUCUAGUGAAGAGCUGUUUUUCCUAUUAAUUCUGCAGUUCAUUUUUGUUUUGACUGACUGCACAGGGGAUGACUUCGUACUUGGCGGAGAGCCAGCGGAGCCCAAAGAAUUUGCCUUCAUGGCGCGCUUAGGCAAUCGCAAUGGGAAGAACGUCACUAACUGGCUCUGUGGCGGCACAUUGAUCAACAAUCGCGUUGUGCUGACUGCAGCGCACUGUCUUUACUCAGAAAUUGGCGCUGUUAAUAUGGUGCGGCUUGGUGAAUUAGACUUUGAUGAAAAAACUGAGGAUGCAGAUCCCGAAGAUUUUGGUGUGCAAAGUGCUACUGCGCAUCCAGGUUAUAAUCCCCCCAACGUCUAUAACGACAUAGCUCUCAUAGAACUCGAUAGAGUCGUAACGUUGAGUAGAUACAAGCAGCCCGCUUGUUUGCCUCUUGAUAAUGGCGAUCGAGUUGAUAAGUUCAUUGCUAUUGGAUGGGGUGCCGUCAGCCUGGAAGGCAGUGACUCUUCGCUACUGCUAAAAGUCGAGCUCCACAAUUAUGGCAAUGACUGUCCUACAGCUAAGGAUAUUGAGGAGUUACCCAAUGGGUUUAAUGCCAGCACACAGCUUUGCAUUGGCUCUGCAGAGCGGAAGGAUACGUGUAAUGGCGACUCUGGAGGUCCUGCGUUGAGCUUUAAUACUAAAGAUCCUUGUCUGUAUCGUAUUAUGGGCAUUACCUCCAUUGGGAAUAGUUGUGGACAUCCUAAUAGCCCCACGUUUUAUACGCGUGUGCACUUUUAUUUAAACUGGAUCAAGCAGCAGAUUGAGAAAAGCAAGUGAAUUUAUAUAUAUUCUAUGCUAAUGUAUAAAGUUGAA